CCUCACGUUUAUUAACUUCAUAUAAUAUAAAAAAUAAAUGGCAAAGCUGUGCAUAAUUUUCAUGCUGGUGAUUCUCACCGCCGCUGUACCAGCAACUGAGGGCCUUAAAAAAGGGCCGAAGGCCGUGGAAAAGUGGUUUAAAAAGCUUCCACAGGCAAAGGAAAAACUGAGCAAACUUCAUUUCUACUUUCAUGACGCUGUAAGUGGAAAGAAUCCAACAGCUGUUAAGGUGGCUGAAUCCAAAAUUACAUCUCAAGCCCCAACUUUCUUUGGUAUAGUAAGCAUAGCUGAUGAUCCAUUGACAGUUGGGCCCGAAUCAGAUUCGAAGAUCAUCGGUCGAGCCCAGGGGAUGUAUUGUAUGGCUUCAUUGGAAGAGUUAGGUCUACUUAUGACGUUCAAUCUGGUUUUCACAGAUGGAGAGUAUAACGGUAGCACACUUAGUGUACUUGGUCACAAUCCAAUUUUCCAUGAAUACCGUGAAAUGCCAAUAGUGGGUGGUUCUGGUAUUUUCCGGCUGGCACGAGGUAUUGCCACCGCUAAAACUGUCUGGCAUAAUUUUACCUCUAAAGAUGCUGUUGUUGAAUAUACUGUAAUGGUGUUGCACUAUUGAUCACUUUCAUUGUUGGGUUUUGUUUAUUUUAUAUUCGGUCAGGUUACUUCCUGCUUGUGCCUUGUAGUCUGUAGUGUACUCCUCUUCUUCGCAUCUAAUAUUUAAAAAAAUUGUAUCUCUGUAUUUUGUGGAAAAAGUUAUUAUUGUAAAGAUUUUCUGCAGAAAUUAGUUGUGAUAUGAUAAACGUGAAAUUUCAUUUAUUUUCAAGGGGAAGGAGAAAAUAUCAUGGUCUUUUAAGUGUGGCCAUUAAAGGCCUAAACACUUUUUUAGGGCUUGGUCAGUUCUCUCAAGUCCUAUAAUGGGGUUAGGCCUUUAAUGGUCAAUGAAGACCGUGAUACUCUCUCGUUCUACUGAAAAUAAAUGGAAUUUUUAUGGUUCUUUUUUAGUGGUGAGUGAUAGAGUUACCAUUUCUCAGAACAUAAAGGUUGGCAACGGGCCUCAGUGGGAGGUGUGUAGUUGCUAAUCUGUGGAGACAUGUAUAGAAGUUGAUGAAAAGAAUCUUGUAGUACUGUCUCUAGUUAUGAAA